CUCACCUACUCAGCAUGAAGCUGUUCGUGUUCGCCGCCGUUCUGGCCGUGGCAGCCGCCGCUCCGUCUGAUUCUGCUUACGAAGAGGACGUCAUCGAGAUCCUCAGACAGAACAUCGACCACAACGACGACCACUCUUACCAACAGUCUUUUGAAACUGAGAACGGCAUCUCGGUGUCGGAGUUUGGUCAGACGGAGGAUGACGACAGCUACAGUGUGAGCGGCCAGUUCAGCUACGUGGCCCCCGACGGCGUCACCUACACCGUGGUGUACUCGGCGGGCGAGGGCGGCUUCCAGCCUCGCUACAACUAG